GCUCUCGCUGGAGAAGAAAGCACACAGGGUGAAAGAAAAGCUCCAAGAUCUGAGCUUUUACUCGAGCGCGGGAAAUUUCUAGGGUUUUCUCGAUGGCGGAGUUUUUGGCGCUUCGAUGCUACGCGUGCAAAAUGUUCCAGGUGAAGCCACGGAAGAAAUCCAGCAGCAAAUGGUGUUGUAGCGUUUGCAAUGAGAAGCAAUCGGUCACCAAGGUCUAUGGAAGCUCUGGCGCUGCAAAGAAAAUUCGAGAGCUGGUCCAAACGCUGAAUUACUCCCCUCUAGCGCAGGAGCAAGAUCACUUUGAGCCGAACGACGUGGGAGAUCUCACCACACAAGAGAAUGGACAAAGCGAAGUUGGAGAAAAGAAUGUCCAUGGUUACGAAACUAAGCCAAGCAAAUGGGCCGAGUACUUGGAGACCGAGGACUCACAGGUUGAAUCUCGUGCUGGUGACGAGGAUACGAUGUACGUGACUUCUAUCCCAGAGAGUGCCACAAAACGGAAAAGAACGGAGAGGUUGCACGACGAAGUAGCGUGUUACGAAUGUGAUGGGCUUGAUGGUCCGCUCAAAGCACAUUCAGUUUCAAGCGAGAAGAACACCAAAAAGACGACCAUUGCGACUGGUAGUAAGCUGCAUGGAGCUGGAUACCUGGGAAAGGAAAAUGUUCCUGUGAAGAACGACCUGAACUCGGGAAGAUGGAGCAACUGCGGCACGAAGUCUGAAACAGGGACCUGUUUGGAUGAGUGGAGAAAGCAAAAUGCUGGUGGACUCCAGUCUUCUAGCACAACAAGGACAGACUCGAGCAAAUGGAGGAAGUAUCUAGAGACCGAUGAAACAAAGCGCCAGUUCGUGGAGCCUGAUACGGACAGAGCUCAGUCUUGUAGCAGAAAGUGGUUCCAUCCGCAGCACCCAAGCGUGCCUGAAGAUGCCUUGCACACAGAGCUCGCGGACGAACUUGUGACAGAGGACAUUCAUCCGUCGUUUCUUUAGUCAGGUGCGACAAGGUGAAGAGUCCAAGCCAAGAAAGAGUUCUCCAACUCGACUAUUCCAACCUCAACAAACACAACCUACAUUACAAUCAGAUCAGAUCAUGUAUUGGUCUUUAAAACGAGGACGCCUCUACUAGUUCUGAGAGUGGCACAUAAUUUCCAGAAACUGCAAUGUCUUGCUUUAAACUCCUGAUCACACUUCUCCUA